UGCCCGAGCGGAGUUGCCCCCGUCGCCGCCGCUGCUCCUCCCGCGACCGCGCAGCAUGGGCGCCCGCCGCUCCCCGAAGGCGCUCCGCUGGCCGGCCGCCCUGCUGGGCCUCUGCCUGCUCGCCUGCCCAGGGUGCCAUGGAGAAGUUGAAGUGUCUGUCCCAGCUGAGGUAGAGGUGCUGCUAGGCCAACGUGCAUCCAUUUCGUGCACGCACACCAUAACGGGAGGAAAAGGUUACCACCUGGUGGAGUGGUUCAUCACGGACAAGAAUGGAGAGCAGCGGCGUGUGGCCUUCAGCGAGCGGGAUCGCUGGGAGGUGGACAAAAACACCGAAUACACCGAUCGGAUCUCCAUGGACUCCGACUACAGCCUGAUCAUCGAAUCCGCUAAUGUGAACGACGAGAGGGCUUUCUCCUGUCGUGUGAUGGCGGCCGCUGCAGGAGAUGGUGGUGGGACGGCCCAGCUCAAGGUGUACGACCCGCCGGAAUCCCCAGAGGUCAGAUGGAACACCCGGACCCUCUCGGUGACUGGAGAGCACGCUUCCGAGAUCGCAACGUGCAACAGCCGAAACGCCAACCCAGUGCCAACCAUCAGCUGGUACAAAGACAGUUACCCUCUGCAAGUCCCGGCAGAACGCAACAAUAACUUGUACGCUGUGUCUCGGACAGUGAAAGAGGCUUCCGGGCUCCAUUCUGUCUCCAGCACGCUGUAUCUCCGCCCGAACAAAACUGACAAAGACUCGCACUUCCACUGCCGGGUCAACUACUCAAUGCCCCGUGGAGAAGUCGGCAGCCUCGAGUCGGAAAGUUUCAAGCUCACACUGCACUAUUAUACGGAGAACGUGCACUUUAGUUUGGACUCUCCCAAGGUAAUCAAGGAAGGGGAUGAAGUGCGGCUGCUUUGCCAAGGGGAUGGAAACCCCCCGCCAGAGUACGUCUUCUCCAAAAUGAAGACUGCAGACCAGUUUGAAGACCUGGGGGCCAACCCUAACGGACUCCUGGUCCUUCAGCAAGUGACCAAGCGCGACAGCGGGACAUACCGGUGCCAAGUGCUCGAUUUCGACAGCCCCCCUGAAGUGGAACUGGAGAAGGAAGUCACCAUCCACGUCAACUAUCUAGAUACGCUGGUACUGAAUCCUAAUAAGACCGUGAAAGUCCCCCUGGGAGGAAGCAUUGAGCUUGCCUGUGCCGGAAGCGGCUCCCAGACACCCACAUUGUCAUGGAGGAAGGGAAAAGAACAAGUAGAAAACAGCGGGAUCUUGAGCCUGACUUCACUAACCUACCACAAGGCUGGCACAUACACAUGUGAGGCUUCUGUGCCCAGCGUCCCUGGACUGCGGAGGGACCAGUCUGUCCGGGUCAUAGUAGAAGGGAAACCAGAGCUGGAGCAGCAUCAGUCGCCGAGCCAUUACCACAGCUUUGGCCAGAAGGUAACGCUGACUUGCUCUGCUUUGGGCCAUCCAGAACCACGGAUCACCUGGAGCAUACCUGGAGAGCCUUUGACUAACAGCUCUGCUAACAGAGUAACCAGUAGACUGUCCGUGGAGGUGACUCCGGAGCUGGCGGAGAGCGGGGUUAAGUGCUUGGCAGAGAACCAGCACGGCUCGGACGAGCGGACGUUCCAGUUGGAGACCGCAUCCCCAACAGUAUCCGCUACUGCAGUGCCAGUGGAUGGGUCAGAGAGCCAGGGUGGAAGCACAGUGGCCGUCAUCGCAGUCUGCGUCUGCGUCCUCCUGCUCCUUCUCAUUGUGGGCUUCUUCUACUUCAUGCAGCGCCGGGGCCGGCUGCCCUGUGGCGGGGGUGAAAAGAGAUCUUUGACCCCCAAGGAAGGGAAUCCCGACGACACCGUGGUGGAGAUGAAGACGGACAAGCGGAACGAACAGACGGGGUUGCUGAGCCCUGGUGGGGGCGGCGGAGGCGGGACGAACGAGUGCUGAGAAGGAGCCUGGAGUGGGCUCGUUCCAGAGAGACCCCCCCUCGCCCGCUCUGCACCACACCAUGGAAGAAGAGAGUGCUCAGAUUGGACUGUGCUAGGAGGGGGACAGCGAUUCCUCCAGGCCUCUUGGCCCAAGAGGGGAGUGGGCAUCCUUGCAAGUUGGACUCUUGUCACAGGGAACGUGCAAGGGUGGGGUGGGGGGCUUGUGCUGCCACUACUACGACUUCCUCCUUAGAACGUCUGGUUUCUCUUUUCAAAAGACUGACAUGCUCAGAGCGCUCUGCCGUCAGCCUGCGACGGAAUCCCCCUGCGGGCCCAUGCCGACCUGUGGACAGAAACUAGCCCACCCAUGCACUUACGUCAAUCAUGCGCUAACCUGGCCUGGCAAGUCAAUCUCCCCUUCCCCUCCCAAGUCACUGGCUUACAAAAGCGUCUUGCGUGCCUGUUUUGUCAUUUGUCGUCUAGAAGGAAUCGGUUCUUGUAUAGCUGCCCUGCCUGCUCGGCUGGGGGGGGGGGUUGUUCACCCUAGAUGACCAGGCAAGUGGCUGUGUUACGCUUGUGCUAAGAAGCAUCUCCCCCCAGACACGCUCUCCUCCCCUGCAUGCAAGCAGGCGCGACAACUGAGCGGCUGCAGGCAUGCGUCCGUUCACCGUGCCUCUUACCUGCACACAUCAGAAUUGCACGUGGGCCUCUCUUUUCCAGGUAUGAACGUGUCCCGUGUGCACUCCGUGCUAUGAAAAGCGUCGCCUGCCGACUCUUCCAGAGCAAAACUAAAAGCACUCGCCAGGAGUUUUCCUUUUUGUUCCUGGCCAGUUGGCAACCCAGAAGCACACUUUCUUUCCUUCCGGUGCCCACCUGCUGGAACUGCUCCAACUUGUGUCCCCAACGCUCCAACCUGAUACCCCAGCAGGGCAACUUGUUGCUCUGCCGUACUUGACAAGCUGCAGAGUGCCCUUGGCAUUUUAGCACCACCGCCAGCUCUUGCCACUAUUAGGGGUUUGAGGGUGAUGCUUCCAGGACGUCUUUCUACUAAUUCAGGAUUGGCAUCUCUGAACCCCACUUGCCCAGGGAGUCCCUGCUAUGUUCAUAUAAACCUCUGUGUAUGUGUGUAUAAAGUGCUGUCAAGUCACAAUUUGAUUUAUGGCGACCUCAGCAAGGGGCUGUCAAGGCAAGUGAGAAGCAGAGGUGGUUUGCCGUUGCCUUCCUCUGCAGAGUCUUCCUUGGUGGUCACCCAUCCAAGCACCGACCCGGCUUAGCUUCCGAGAUCUGACGAGCUCGGCCUACGCCAUGCCCCCUUCCCUCCCCAUAUAAACCUACACACAUCCUAUUUGUAUUUCCUGUUCCCCACACUUGCUGGUGCCUUCUGGCUGGGGGGACGGGCAGUCCGUCCACACCCAUUGCAAAGUCUCAGCCAAUGACAGUUCCGUGGUUGGUUCCAGCCGCUCUUCGUUGCCUUUCUACAAGGUAGGUUUCUUCUCCCCAACAUGCAUAGGCACAAACACACACAACACACACACACACAUAAGCGGUGGGUCUACUUCUGUCCCCUCCAAUACAUUGAUUCUCUUCAAUGAAAUGUAUUUGUUUUUAUAUGUCUGUACGGGAUUCUGUGUUUUGGGGUUGUAAUCGUCCUGCCAUCCCUCCAUCUCCAAGGUAGCUCCUCUUUCCCACCGCUCCCUCUUUCUCUCUUGCACUGUCUGGUCAAGACACUGGCUUUUUAUGGGGGUGGGAUGUGGGGCCUUUGAAAUAACGUGUUGUAUAUUUAAAGGGAGGCAACUGGGGGAGGGGAUGGGAAGGCAGCAGUGAGGGUGAGACGGGGGUGGGAGACGGAGGGGUGAUCAUCUGGCGGCUAGCCUGAAAGACGCAUUCUGUGCGGGCGUGGGGGGGGGAGACUCUAAUGCCCCCCCUUUGCAAGGCAGCUGGGAAAUCCAUUCUUUUCUGCCCUGCCCGACUUCUUUACUCACAAGAGUGAGGUUUCUCUCUCUCCCAUGUACAUUUCAGUGGCCAAAGAUGCCCUUCCAAAGUAACAAAUAAAUGGUCUGCUCUUGUGCCUUUACCAGCCGAUGGCAGCGGGGAUGAACUCUGUAGAAAAACUUCUUCCCCUACUGGUUUCUCGAGCAGCCCACCCCUCUUAUUCCCUUCCCUGAUCCAUUGGCCACCCUCGCCAGUCGCCAUUCCUCGAUCGCCCUUCCUCUUCUCCCCCCAGUCUUCCCUCUCUCCCAAACUGCCUGUUGCCUGCUGCUCCUCUCCCCGGGUUACACUGUACAUUAGCAAUUAAAGAGACUGUAACCUCC